AUGGGGCUGAGGGUGAUGUGGGUGGCUGCGGGGCAGAGUCUACAGUAAGGUUGUUUGAUAUGGUAUUUAAAGUGUUUUCCUGGUGUUGGGAGUGACAGUGGGGAUAUAUAUAUAUAUAUAUAUAUGUACAUGAACAACAAUAAUAACAAAAAAAAAUACUAAUAAUUUUACUACCAGAAAGUUGAUCAUUAAAAAACAAAUGUUUCGUUUAGUCUCAGUGCGAGUGUGAACAACAAUAUGAUUAAAGAUUGAACAUGACUUUAUUGUCAUUACCACACACACACACACACACACACACACACACAAAUUAAGAUGGCGGACAGCAGCAGCUCUGGCUCCAUAAUAAAGAGGCCGAGCUGAAAGUUCUCGCGGACUUUGUUGAACUUUUCCCACUCUCUCUGGACUAAUGAGCGGCCUUCGCCGCCUCUGACGGCUCGGUACCCGGUUCAGUGUUUCCCCGGAAAUGGCCCAAAGAUCCUUCGUCGUCUGAAGCUGAACUUCGGUCCAUUUCAGGCCGGAAAGGUAAGAACGCCCGUGCUAGCUUAGCAUCAAGCUAACUGUUUGUUAUGGUGGUGUGUCGGAGUCUGAGCGGACCCCCCAGGUUAACCGAUAAACAACAGAAACCGAUUAUUCAUCUGUUAGUCCAACUGACCGACAAACCGACGGUAUGAGCGAGUAUGAGGCGGAAAAGAGACGUUGAGGGAGCGGGUACCAGGUAUCGGACUGAGACGGUACUGCUCGGCUAGCUAACGGGGGAACUGCUUCGGUACAGAGCCAAGGUAAGAAGUACUUCACAAUACUGCAGUAUUUCUGACUGUAAUACUCCAACAAUACUACUGAUGAAGUACUACACAAUACUGCAGUAUUUCUGACUGUUAUACUCCAACAAUACUACUGAUGAAGUACUUGACAAUACUGCAGAAUGUCUGACAGUAGUACUCCAACAAUGCCACUCAUGAAGUACUAUACAAUACUGCAGUAUUUCUGACCGUAAUACUCUAACAAUACUAAUUAUGAAGUAUUGCACAAAACUGCAGUAUUGACGGUUAACUUGAUUUUUCUGCUUAUAAACUACAUAUUACUGCAUUUUUUACUGAAUAUUUAAAAUGAUAUACUGCCAAAGUACUUCACAUAACUGCGGUAUUUCUGAUACUUCGAAAUGAUCUUAAAUGCCACGAUUUCUAAUCGUAGUACUUUGAAAGAACAAGCUUUACUACCGUUUGCUCUAUUUUAAUUGUGGUUCUAUAACCUUUUUUCCUAGUUUUUACUGCAGAUUUUUUUUUAAUCAUUACUGCAGUAUAUUUGUUUGUCUGUAGUUUCUCUGUGUACUCUCAGUCUGUAGUUUCUCUGUGUACUCUCAGUCUGUAGUUUCUCUGUGUACUCACUCUGUAGAUUCUGUGUACUCUCAGUCUGUAGUUUCUCUGUGUACUCUCAGUCUGUAGUUUCUCUGUGUACUCUCAGUCUGUAGUUUCUCUGUGUACUCUCAGUCUGUAGUUUCUCUGUGUACUCUCAGUCCGUAGUUUCUCUGUGCACUCUCAGUCUGUAGUUUCUCUGUGUACUCUCAGUCUGUAGUUUCUCUGUGUACUCACUCUGUAGAUUCUGUGUACUCUCAGUCUGUAGUUUCUCUGUGUACUCUCAGUCUGUAGUUUCUCUGUGUACUCUCAGUCCGUAGUUUCUCUGUGCACUCUCAGUCUGUAGUUUCUCUGUGUCCUCUUAGUCUGUAGAUUCUCUGUGUACCCUCAGUCCGUAGUUUCUCUGUGCACUCCUUGUCUGUAGUUCAUGUACCCUUAGGUACCUUGAGAAGGCCCGUCUUUAAUUCCUCUAUCUGUGCGACUAUCACAGUGGAUUGGUGUGUGUGUGUGUUUGUGUGUGUUUUAUCAGUUAUUGGUUGUCUUGUCAUCAGUAAGUGGUUGUUCAUUAAUUGGUUAAUGUUCUGUUAUUGAUUAGUUAUAGAUUGGUAACUGAUCAGUUGGUGGUUUGUUCAGUUCAGAACCAGAACCAGCUUUUUUUGAAGGUGACUGGGGUAAACUUUCCCCGCUGCGAUCAAACAUUAAAGAUGAAAUGUUACAAAAAAAAACAGUCAGUUCAAACUGAAUGAGAUGUGAAGUAAUAAAGAUAAUACAGUAGUAUGAAAGAAUCAUUAUAUUCCAGGUUCACGUCCAUGAGGUAAAAAAACUUUAUGAUUACAACAUUAAAACUUAUAUACAGUUUAAACUUAAAUACAGUUAAAUGAACUUAAACAGUUAAAUACAGUUAAGUACAGAGGUCUGAGUCUCAUUACAGAUAAACUCUUUUAGAGUUAUAAUGUCAUCUACAGUCUCAGUGGUCUCUCUUUCUGUGUUGUUAUUUCACAUUAUUGAAGUAAUUGUACCUGUGAGUAUCUGCAGUAAUAAUCAAUAUCUGCAGUGAUCAGUUAUAACCUGUUAGUGAUUAGUUAAACCGUUAGUGAUCAGUUAGUGAUCAGUUAGUGAUCAGUUCUAAACCUUUAGUGAUCACUUAUAAAGCGUUUAGUGAUCAGUAAUAAAGGGUUAGUGAUCAGUUAGUGAUCAGUUAUGAACUGUAAACGAUCAGUUAUAAACCGUAAUUGAUCAGUUCCAACCUGUUAGUGAUCAGUUAUUACUGUUAGUGAUAAGUUAGUGAUCAGUUCUAAACUGUUAGUGAUCAGUUAUAAAGCGUAAGUGAUCAGUAAUUAAGGGUUAGUGAUCAGUUAGUGACUAGUAAUAAAGCAUUAGUGAUCAGUUAUGAAGCGUGAGUGAUACGUUAUAAACUGUUAGUGAUCAGUUAUAAAGCGUGAGUGAUCAGUUAUAAACUGUUAGUGAUCAGUUAUCAACCGUUAGUGAUCAGUUAUAAACUGUAAUUGAUCAGUUAUAAACUGUUAGUGAUCAGUUCCAACCUGUUAGUGAUCAGUUAUAAACUAUUAGUGAUAAGUUGGUGAUCAGUUCUUAGCUGUUGGUGAUCAGUUCUAAACUGCUGGUGAUCAGUUCUAAACCGUUGGUGAUCAGUUAUAAACCGUUAUUAAUCAGUUAUUAACGGUUAGUGAUCAGUUAUAAACCGUUAGUGAUCAGUUAUACACUGUUAGUGAUCGGUUAUAAACCGUUAGUGAUCAGUUAUACACUGUUAGUAAUCGGUUAUAAACCGUAAGUGUUCAGUUAUAAACCAUAAGUGAUCAGUUAUAAACUGUUAGUGAUCUGUUAGUGAUCAGUUCUAAACUGUUAGUGAUCAGUUAUAAACCGUUAGUCAUCAGUUAUAAACUGUUAGUGAUCAGUUGGUGAUCAGUUAUAAACCGUUAGUGAUCAGUUAUAAACUGGUAGUGAUCAGUUAUAAACUGUCAGUGAUCGGUUACCGAUCAGUAAUAAAGCAUUAGUGAUCAGUUUUGUCUCUGUUAUCUGUGUUUUUCUCUUGUUUAUCUUUGUGUCAAUUUUAUUUUUUGUUUUGUAUUUUCUUGUUGUGUGUUUUCUUGUGUGGUUUUUUUUACGUGAUGUAUUUUGACAUUUCUGGUUAAAUUUUGUUGAUUUGUAAAAAUAAUCGAGUUGUUAAACCAAGCUUUAUCGUCUUAGAAUAAGGAAGAGUGCGUCUGUGCAUGUGUGUGCAGAUCAGUAACCCGGUCAGUCUGCCUGCAGCAGCCACUGCAAAGCAUGAUGGGAGCAGUGGGAGGAGGGACAGAUCCCCCCUUCCCCUCCCCCUUCUCUGGCUCUGUCUCUCUCUCUGACUCUGGCUGCUGAUUGGCUGCUCGCUUGCCCAGCUGACUGCCUUCUGUCAGACACAGAUAGAGGGAGGGAGGGUGAUGGAGGCUUCAGCGAUGGGGUGAGCUGCCAUUUUCUCGUUCUUUAUCCUCUUUCUCUUCUUCUUUCUCUAUCCAUCACUCUUUUCUCUCUGCGUUUAUUCUGGACUCAUUAUUUUAGUGGGGGGGUGGGAGGAGAAGGGUGAGGAUGCAGGAGGGAGGAUGUUGUUGGGUGAUGCAGAGGAACAGGGAGUAUAAUGGGGGGCGGCGGGGGGGGGGGGGGGGGGUGUCACUGUCCUCUAUUGUUUCUUCUCCUCCGUGGCAGUUUUCUUCUUCUGUGGUUUUUAAUCAUCAUCUGUUCCCUGCGAUGGGUGGGUGGGUGGGUGGGGGGGGCGGCAAGUGAUGAAGGGAGUGGACGGGGGUGGGGGUGAAACAUAAAUGACGGGAGGGGGGACUAUAUCAGUGACAGACCUUCGGGUGUGUGUGUGUGUGUGUGUGUGUGGGGUGGGGGUGGGGGGGUAAAAUCUUAGUUAAUAUGACUCUGAAGGAUCUGAACUAAACAUCUAACCCAGAGUCUGACCCUGAAAGCUAAAAACCACAAAACUCACAAUCAAAACAAUUUGGUGACCAGCUGACUGUGUUAAAGUGAUCAGAUGAUUGUGUUAAAGUGAUCAGCUGACUGUGUAAAAGUGAUCAGCUGACAAUUUUAUAGUGAUCAGCUGACUGUGUUAAAGUGAUCAGCUGACUGUGUUAAAGUGAUCAGCUGACUGUGUUAAAGUGAUCAGCUGACUGUUGUAAAUUGAUCAGCUGAUUGUUGUAAAAAUGUGAUCAGCUGACUGUGUUAGAGUGAUCAGCGACUGUUUAAAAGUGAUCAGCUGACUGUGUUAAAGUGAUCAGCUGAUUGUUGUAAAAAUGUAAUCAGCUGAUUGUGUUUAAGUGAUUAGCUGACUGUGUUAAAGUGAUCAGCUGACUGUUGUUAAGUGACCAACUGAUUGUGUUUAAGUGAUCAGCUGACUGUCUUUUAGUGAUUAGCUGUCCCUGUUAAAGUGAUAAGCUGAUUGUUGUAAAGUGAUCAGCUGACUGUGUUAAAGUGAUCAGCUGACUGUGUUAAAGUGAUCAGCUGACUGUGUUAAAGUGAUCAGCUGACUGUUGUAAAUUGAUCAGCUGAUUGUUGUAAAAAUGUGAUCAGCUGACUGUGUUAGAGUGAUCAGCGACUGUUUAAAAGUGAUCAGCUGACUGUGUUAAAGUGAUCAGCUGAUUGUUGUAAAAAUGUAAUCAGCUGAUUGUGUUUAAGUGAUUAGCUGACUGUGUUAAAGUGAUCAGCUGACUGUUGUUAAGUGACCAACUGAUUGUGUUUAAGUGAUCAGCUGACUGUCUUUUAGUGAUUAGCUGUCCCUGUUAAAGUGAUAAGCUGAUUGUUGUAAAGUGAUCAGCUGACUGUGUUAAAGUGAUCAGCUGAUUGUUGUUAAGUGACCAACUGAUUGUUUUAAAGUGGUUAGCUGUCAGUGUUAAAGUGAUAAGCUGAUUGUUGUAAAUUGAUCAGCUGAUUGUUGUAAAAAUGUGAUCAGCUGACCGUGUUAAAGUGAUCAGCUGACUGUUGUAAAUUGAUCAGCUGACUGUGUUUAAGUGAUCAGUUGAUUGUUGUAAAAAUGUGAACAGCUGACUGUUUUAAAGUGAUCAGCUGAUUGUUAUAAAGCGAUCAGCUGACUGUGUUAAAGUGAUCAGCUUACUGUCUUAAAGUGAUCAGCUGACUGUGUUAGCGUGAUCAGCUGAUUGUUUUAAAGUGAUUAGCUGAUUGUUGUAAAGUACUCAGCUGACUGUGUUAGCGUGAUCAGCUGACUGUGUUAGAGUGAUCAGCUGACUGUGUAAAAGUGAUCAGCUGACUGUCUUAAAGUGAUCAGCUGACUGUUGUUAAGUGGUCAGCUGAUUGUUGUUAAGUAAUCAGCUGAUUUUUUUAAAGUGAUCAGCUGACGGUUGUAGAGUGAUCAGCUGAUGGUUGUAGAGUGGUCAGCUGACCGUGGUAAAGUGAUCAGCUGACUGUUUAAAAGUGAUCAGCUGACUGUGUUAAAGUGAUCAGCUGACUGUGUUAAAGUGAUCAGCUGAUUGUUGUAAAAAUGUGAUCAGCUGAUUGUGUUUAAGUGAUUAGCUGAAUGUGUUAGUGAUCAGCUGACUGUGUUUAAGUGAUCAGCUGAUUGUUUUAAAUGUUCAGCUGAUGGUUGUAAAGUGAUUAGCUGAUUGUUGUAAAGUACUCAGCUGAUUGUGUUAAAGUAAUCAGCUGAUGGUUCAAGAGUGAUCAGCUGAAGGUGUUAUUUUAAAGUGAUCAGCCGACUGUUUUAAAGUGAUCAGCUGACUGUGUUAGCGUGAUCAGCUGACUGUGUAAGAGUGAUCAGCUGACUGUGUAAAAGUGAUCAGCUGACUGUGUUAGCGUGAUUAGCUGUGUUAGAGUGAUCAGCUGAUUGUGUUAAAGUGAUCAGCUGAUGGUUGUUGAGUGAUUAGCUGACUGUUGUAGAUUGAUGUGCUGACUUGUGAAGUGAUCAGCUAAUGAUUGUAAAGUGAUCAGCUGAUGGUUGGAACGUGAUCAGUCGACUGUGUUAAAGUGAUCAGCUUAUUAUGUUGAUGUAUUUAACUGUUUUUUUUACAGUUAUUUUACUCAGUACUGCAGUACUUGAGCUGUACUACAGUACUGCAGAACUGCAGGAGUACAGUACAGUUGCAGUACUAUCUCUUUUUGCGGUGUCUUUGCUCCGCCUCCUGCAGGUCAGCAGAGGGUCAUCCAUUAUGGCAGCAGCGUCGUACGACCAGCUGCUGAGGCAGGUGGAGGUGUUAAAGAUGGAGAACUCGAACCUGAGACAGGAGCUGCAGGACAACUCCAACCAUCUGACCAAGCUGGAGACCGAGGCCUCCAACAUGAAGGUACGUGAUCAAAGAUGAGAUCAUCACUCUGAUCACCUGACGAUCAGCUGAUCUCCUCUGACUCUCACCUGGACGUUAACUCUCAUCACCUGAGAGUCUCUUCGCUGUUUUACUCUUGUUGUUCUGCUUUAAUAUUCUCAACGCCACGUCCUUCCUCCAGAGACGCACAUUCACUUCCCAGUUCCUGUUUCUUUUCCUGUUUCUUUUUCCUUUCCUGUGUCCUGUGUCCUGUGUCCUGUUUCCUGUUUCCUGUUUCCUGUUUUGUGUGUUGAAGCUCAAGUGUCAGUGUGAGAGUUCUGAGAGGUCAGAAUCAUGAGGAUAUUUGAGCACUGUCAUGAGGAUAUUUGAGCACUGUCGCUUUAUUGUGGUGAGAGACUAACACGCAGGCAGACAGAGACAGAGAGAGAGAGAGAGAGAGAGAGAGAGAGACACUCUGUGUGUGUGUGUGUGUGUGUGUGUGUGUGUGUGUGUGUGUGUGUGUGUGUGUGUGUGUGUGUGUGUGUGUGUCUGUAGAAUCCUGUCUCACUGGUCUGUGACUCUGCUGUCCCCCUAUGGCACAAUCAGGAAUCACUGCUAUAAACUCUGAUGUUCUUUGCUCCUGAAACAGGAAGUGCUGAAGCAGCUGCAGGGAACCAUAGAAGAAGAAUCUGGAGAGGCGUCUGGAUCUCAGCUGGAGCUGAUCGAGAGACUGAAGGGUGUGACACACGCACAGACACAGACAUGCACACAGACAAACACAUUACACACUCAUAGACUCACAGACAGUUGACGUCUCGCUAAAACUCGGUGCCUGCCCCCCCCCCCCCCCCCAGUGCGCCUCAUAUACCCAUACAUACGGACAGACGCCAAGAACUGCAGCGUAAAAAUAGUUUAUUUUGUAGCUGCAGUGCACCGGAGUGUGUGUGUGCGUGUGUGCGUCUAAUCUGGUGUGUCCUGACUUCCAGAGAUGAGUCUGGAUUCUGCAGGUUUUAAGCCCAGAUCGAGGCCUCUCCUACCUCCCUCUUCCUCCUCCUCCUCCUCCUCCGCCUCCUCUGGGUCUGGAGCUCCUGCAGGAGCCGCUGGAGGCGCCUCCACCCCUGCUGCCUUCCCCAGGAGAGGGCUGCCAUCUGCGGGGAAAGACAGCCACGACCGCUGCCUGGAGGAGCUGGAGAAGGAGAGGUACUGUAAAGAGUACUACUACUAGUACAAGUCCAUCCACCUUAAAGAGUUCUACUACUACUACUACAGGUUCAACCACUGUAAAGAGUACUACUACAGGUUCAAUCACUUAAGCGUACUACUACUACUACUAGAAGUCUAACCACUGUAAAGAGUACUACUAUUACAAGUCUAACCACUGUUAAUAGUACUACUACCAAUAUAAGUCUAACCACUGUAAAGAAUACUACUACUACAAGUCUAACCACUGUUAAUAGUACUACUACCAAUAUAAGUCUAACCACUGUAAAGAGUACGACUAUUACAACAAGUCUAACCACUGUAAAGAGAACUACUUCUACUAAAGGUUCAAUCACUGUAAAGAGUUCUACUACUACUACAAUUCUAACUACUGUAAAGAGUACUACUAAUACUACUAUAGGUUCAACCACUGCAAAGAGUACUACCACUACGACAAUUCUAACCACUGUAAAGAGUACUACUACUACAAGUCUAACCACUGUAAAGAGUACUACUACUACUACUACAAAUACUAAUAUAAGUGAAACAACUGUAAAGAGUACUACUACUUCAGGUUCAAUCACUGUAAAGUGUACAGCUACUCCUACAAAUCCAAUCACUGUAAAGUGUACUACUGCUACUACAGGUUCAACCACUGUUAAGAGUACUACUACCACUACUACUACUACAAGUCUAACCACUGUAAAGAGUACUACUACUUCAGGUUCAAUCACUGUAAAAAGUAGUACCGCUACUACAAAUCCAAUCACUGUAAAGAGUACUACUACUACUACAGGUUCAAUCACUGUAAAGAGUACUACUACUACUACAAGUCCAAUCUCAGUAAAGAGUACUACUACUUCUACAGGUUGAACCACUGUAAAGAGUACUACUACUACUACAAGUCCAAUCACUGUAUAGAGUACUACUCCUUCAGGUUAAAUCACUGUAAUGUGUACUACCACUAGUAUCAGUCCAACCACUGUAAAGAGUUCAACUACAACUACAGGUUCAACCACUGUAAAGAGUACUAUUACAGGUUCAAUCACUGUAAAGCGUACUACUACUUCUGCAAGACCAAGCACUGUAAAGAGUACGGUUCCAACCAAUGUAAAAAGUACUACAGGUCCAACCACUGUAAAGAGUUCUACUACUAGUACUACAAGUCUAAACACUGUUAAGAGUACUACUACUUAUACAAGUCUAACCACUGUAAUUAGUGCUACUAUUACUACAGGUUCAAGCACUGUAAAGAGUUCUACUACUACUACAAGUCUAACCUCUGUAAAGGCUACUUCUACUACUACUAUAGGUUCAACCACUUUAAAGCGUACAACUACUACUACAAGUCUAACCACUGUAAAGAAGAGUACUACUACAACUACAAGUCCAAUUACUGUAAAGAGUAAUACUGCUACUACAGGUUCAACCACUGUAAAGAGUACUACUUCUACUACUAAUACAAUUCUAACCACUGUAAAGAGUACUACUUUAGAUUCAAUCACUGUAAAGACUACUACUACUACUACUACUACUUCAAAUCCAAUCACUGUAAAGAGUACUACUGCUACUACAGGUUCAACCACUGUAAAGAGUUCUACUACUACUACUACUACUACUACAAGUCUAACCACUGUCAAGAGUACUACUACUUCAGGUUCAAUCACUGUGAACUGUACAGCUACUACUAUAAAUCCAAUCACUGUAAAGAGUACUACUGCUACUACAGGUUCAACCACUGUAAAGAGUUCUACUACUACUACUACUACUACUACUACAAGUCUAACCAUUGUAAAGAGUACUACUACUUCAGGUUCAAUCACUGUAAAGAGCAGUACUGCUACUACAAGUCCCAUCAAUGUAAAGAGUACGACUACUACUACUACUUCAGGUUCAAUCACUGUAAAGAGCAGUACUGCUACUACAAGUCCCAUCAAUGUAAAGAGUACGACUACUACUACUACUACAGGUUCAAUCACUGUAAAGAGUACUACUACUACUACUACUACUACAAGUCCAAUCUCUGUAAAGAGUACUACUACUACUACAAGUCCAAUCACUGUAAAGAGCACUAAUACAGGUCCAACCACUGUAAAACGUACUACUACUACUACUACUACAAGUCUAACCACUGUUAAGAGUACUACUACUAAUACAAGUGUAACCACUGUAAAGAGUACUACUACAGAUUCAAUCACUGUAGAGUGUUCUGCUACUAUUACAAGUCUAACCUCUGUAAUGAGUACUACUGCUAGUACAAGUCCAAUCACUGUAAAGAGUACUACUACUUCUACAGGUUCAACCAGUGUAAAGAGUACUACUACUACUACUGCCACUUCAAGUGUAACCACUUUAAAGAGUACUACUACUAGUACAAGUCCAAUCACUGUAAAGAGUAGUACUACUACUACAAGUCCAAUCACUGUAAAGAAAACUACUACUACUACUACUACAGGGUCUAUCACUGUAAAGUCUAAUACUGCUACUACAGGUUCAACCACUGUAAAGAGUACUACUACUACUACUACAAGUCUAACCACUGUAAAGAGUACUACUACUUCAGGUUCAAUCACUGUAAAGUGUACAGCUUCUCCUACAAAUCCAAUCACUGUAAAGUGUACUACUGCUACUACAGGUUCAACCACUGUAAAGCAUACUACUACUUCAGGUUCAAUCACUGUAAAGAGUAGUACCGAUACUACUACAAGUCCAAUCUCAGUAAAGAGUACUACUACUUCUACAGGUUCAACUACUGUAAAGAGUACUACUACUACUACAAGUCCAAUCACUGUAAAGAGUACUACUCCUUCAGGUUAAAUCACUGUAAUGUGUACUACCACUAGUAUCAGUCCGACCACUGUAAAGAGUUAUAAUACAACUACAGGUUCAACCACUGAAAAGAGUACUACUACAGGUUCAAUCACUGUAAAGCGUACUACUACUACUACAACACUAAGCACUGUAAAGAGUACAGGUCCAACCACUGUAAAAAGUACUACUACUACUACAGGUCCAACCUCUGUAAAGAGUACUUCUACUACUACUAGAGGUUCAACCACUUUAAGAGUACUACUACUACAAGUCUAACCACUGCAAAGAGGAGUACUACUUCUACUACAAGUCCAAUCACUGUAAAGAGUAAUACUGCUAUUACAGGUUAAACCACUGUUAAGAGUACUACUACUACUACAAUUCUAACCACUGUAAAGAGUACUACUACUUCAGGUUCAAUCACUGUAAAGAGUACUACUGCUACUACUACAAAUCCAAUCACUGUAAAGAGUAAUACUGCUACUACAGGUUCAACCACUGUAAAGAGUUCUACUACUUCUACUACAAGUCUAACCACUGUCAAGAGUACUACUAGUUCAGGUUCAAUCACUGUAAAUUGUACCGCUACUACUACAAAUCCAAUCACUGUGAAGAGUACUACUUCUACUACUGGUUCAACCACUGCAAAGAGUUCUACUACUACUACUACUACUACUACUACUACUACUCAGAGUCUAACCACUGUAAAGAGUACUACUACUUCAGGUGCAAUCACUGUACAAAGCAGUACUGCUUCUACAAGUCCAAUCACUGUAAAGAGUACUACUACUUCUACAGGUUCAAUCACUGUAAAGAGUACUACAACUACUACUACUACUACAAGUCCAAUCUCUGUAAAGAGUACUACUACUACUACAAGUCCAAUCACUGUAAAGAGUACUACUCCUUCAGGUUCAAUCACUGUAAAGUGUACUACUACUAGUACAAGUCCAACCACCGUAAAGAGUUCUACUACAACUACAGGUUCAACCACUGUAAAGAGCACUACUACAGGUUCAAUCACUGUAAAGCGUACUACUACUACUACAAGACUAAGCACUGUAAAGAGUACAGGUCCAACCACUGUAAAAAGGACUACUUCUACUACUACUAGUACUACAAGUCUAACCACUGUUAAGAGUACUACUAUUACUACAGGUUCAAUCACUGUAAAGAGUUCUACUACUACUACAAGUCUAACCUCUGUAAUGAGUACUACUGCUAGUACAAGUCCAAUCACUGUAAAGAGUACUACUACUACUACAGGUUCAACCACUGUAAAGAGUACUAUUACUACUACGACUACAAGUGUAACCACUGUUAAGAGUACUACUACUAAUACAAGUCUAACCACUGUAAAGAGUUCUACUAUUACUACAGGUUCAAUCACUGUAAAGAGUUCUACUACUACUACAAGUCUAACCUCUGUAAUGAGUACUACUGCUAGUACAAGCCCAAUCACUGUAAAGAGUACUACUACUACUACAGGUUCAACCACUGUAAAGAGUACUACUACUACUAUGACUACAAGUGUAACCACUGUAAAUAGUACUACUACUACUACAGGUUCAACCACUGUAAAGAGUACUACUACUACUACCACCACUACAAGUGUAACCACUGUAAAGAGUACUACUACUAGACACAGUCCAAUCACUGUAAAGAGUACUACUACUACUACAAGUCCAAUCACUUUAAAGAAUACUACUAUUACUACAGGGUCUAUCACUGUAAAGAGUACUACUACUACUACUACAGGUUCAAUCACUGUAAAGAGUACCACGACUACUUUUACUACAAGUCACAGCCUCAUGUGUAGUUGUAGUCACAGGUGUAGUCACAGUUUCAGGUGUUUUUGUAGUUCUUUUUGUGUUUGCUGCCAUGUUUGUAGUUCUUACAGAUUUGUGAUGUUUCAGUCUCCCGUGUGUGUCCUGCCCUCUGAUUGGUUGCUGCUGUGUGACAGAUCUCUCCUAUUGUCUGAGCUGGAAAAGGAGGAGAAGGAGAAGGACUGGUACUACGCUCAGCUGCAGAAUCUCACUAAGAGGAUUGACAGCCUGCCGCUCACAGAGAACGUAAGCACCCACCUGUGUUCACCUGCUGGGUCAGAACCCUCGUCAUGCUGUCUCUGCAGACUGAGCCAGAGUGUCCAGGUCGCAGCUUUAGUGUUCAGGGUUCAAAACUUUCACCUGAAGGUCUGGAAAAAGAAGACCUUGGGUCGUUUUAAGUUUCAUAAAAAAAUCUGCUGAAGGUGUUAAAUUUGAAGAUCGCACUUUUAAAGCUAAUCAGAAUAUUUGUCUGUUCAGGAACACACAAAUGAAACUCUGGGACCUCAGAAUCCUUUUAUUCACAGACUGAUCUGGGCCCAGAGAGAACCGAGUAUUUGAACCAGCGCAGCGUCUCUCACCUUUACUGUGAAAAGAUUAGCCAAUGUCUUCGUGUCAAGUUGUCCGACUAGGCCAAUCAGAACUUUACCCAGAUGAGCUUUGAGACUGGAUUUUAUAAGUGAGAACCAGCCGAGUGAAGGUGGACGUGGCGGCGGCUUCAAAACGAAAAAUGUGGUGGAACAGAGUUGCACUUAGAGUCGACCCGGCUUUGGUGGACAAGAUGAAAUCCUUUUAGGUGAAACGUCAAACUUUGAAAUGUCUUUUCCUCUGUGUGUAAUCACAGCAGCGGCGUUUUGUCGACCUUUUGUGGUGAUGAUAAAGUCAAAAUGAAUCAGUGAGGAUAGGAACUGUCUGUCCAGGGGCAUGUCUCAGAUUUCUGGACAUCAGGGGCUGAACCCUUCAUCAUUAAGAUCUUUCAGAGGAUGAGACAUAAACGCUCUCGUCUAACUGUUUGAUUAUUCCGAUGAAGAUUGCUCACAGGAGUAUAGGGUUCAGAAUCCUCUGAUGAGUUCAAUGUUGUGAAGGAAAUCUCUUUGUCUUUAUUAAAUUAUCAUUAUGAAACCAAGACAAUCCUGUUUGAUUUGAAGGAGCUGAACCUGAGCGUCUAACCUGAGCGUCUAACCUGACCGAGAAGAUCUCUGACAGUCAGAGCACAGAGCGGCUGAGCCCGGCAAGAACAUGGCUUCAUGGUGUCCCAAAUCCAAAACUCCUCAGAGACCAUUCCUCUAUCAAACAUUUUUUUAUGUUCUUAACGUCUAAAAUCUUCAAAAAGCCCCAAAAGCCUGAAGUUUGACGUACAAGCAGGUGAUCUCAACUGCCUGUGGAUUAACCAGCAGACAGAAUAACGAGAGUUUAAACAGACCGCAGGUCACUUACAGACCACACUUCCCAUGAUUCCUUGCUGCUGUCAAGGUCACAUUGUGUUGUUUGUAGUUCACUCUGCAGACAGACAUGAGUCGCCGUCAGCUGGAGUUUGAAGCUCGUCAAAUCCGCUCGGCGAUGGAGGAGCAGCUGGGCACCUGUCAGGAGAUGGAGAGGAGAGCUCAGGUGAGAAAGACACACCUGCAGCUGACACAGCCGGGCGCCCCCUGCUGGAGAGAACAGCAAACACCAGUUAAACACAUGGUCCUGCCAGGUUCCUACGCUUGCAACAACCAUAUACACCCCCCCCCCCCCCCCCCCCCACACACACACACACACACACACACACACACACACACAGAACAGAAAGGGUUAAAACACUGGCACUGACUGUGUGUGUGUGUGUGUGUCUGUCUGUCUGUGUGUCUGUCUGUCUGUCUGUCUGUCUGUCUGUCUGUCUGUCCGCAGGCUCGUGUGUCCCGUAUUCAGCAGAUAGAGAAGGACAUUCUGAGGCUGGGGGCUCGUCUGCAGGUAAACUCACCUGAACACAGUCUACAAUUUUGUCCUGUAGCUCUGUGACGUCCUGAUGGUAUAACAAACACUGAAGUUACUGUGGAUGUUCAUAACUCUGCAGGGAAAUCUCGGAGUGUUACACUGUUAUAGUACUGUACUGUAACAGUGUUAAACUGUAACUGUCAAGCAGACAGAGUGAAUUCUAUGUCGCAGUUUUUACAGUGUUUAUAUAAAUGAUUAUGGUAUACAUUAUAACUGAUGUCAUAAAUGUAUUUCUAAACCUGGUGUUUGGGGUUGAGUGUUUUUUACGGUGUUCAUUUAUACAGUGUAAAUAAGAAAGAAAUACAUCAGUGAAAUUCAAUGAAGACAUAUUUGUAAAGAGCUACUUGAACCUUAAAAAAAACAGUUGAACUGUUUGUAAUGUUAAUUUUAGUGAGCAGCUCUGACCUCUCUCUGUCUGUCUCUCUCUCUCUCUCGCUUUCUCUCCCUCUUUCUCUCUCUCUCCCUCUCCCUCUCCCCCUCUCUCUGUCUGUCUCUCUCUCUCUCUGUCUCCCCCCCUUUCUCUCUCCCUCACUCUCUCUCUCUCUCUCUCUGCCACCCCCUCUCUAUAUGUCUCUCUCUCUCUCUCUCUCUCUCUCUCUGCCACCCCCUCUCUAUAUGUCUCUCUCUCUCUCUCUUUCUCUCUCUCAAUCCCUCUCUCUCCCUCUCUCUCUUUCUCCCUCUCUCUCUGUCUCUCUCUGUCUUCCCCCUCUCUUUCUCUUUCUCCCUCUCUCUCUGCCCCCCCCCUUUGUCUCUCUUUCUCUCUGUAUAUAUAUAUCGCUCUCUGCCCCCCCUCUCAUUCUCCCUUUCUCUCUCUCUCUCUCGCUCUCGCUCUCUCUCUCUCUCUAUCUCUCUCUCUCUCUCAGUUGGAGGAAGGUCAGGGGCCGAGUGACAGUAGCAGCGGAUUGAUUGGAGCUCAUGUGAGGACAUUUUUUUUCGACCUUAUUGUUCCUCUAAACUUUCAAAUGUUUACUUUGAACUAAUGUCAUUCCUUUUUUCAUGCAGAGCUCCAGCAGCCGAUUGGACCACGAUCCAGCCAAUGAGGCGAGCUUUUCUGUGCCACGACGAAUCACCAGCCACCUGGGAACCAAGGUGUGUCAGCAAAUAGCAUCCAUGUUAACAUUUGCAAGAUUUCUUGAUCUGAUAAAAAGUUUGAGGGAUUGUAAAAUCUGGAUCUGCUGUUAAUACGUGCGCGAAAUUCAAUAAUCCAAUCAUGACGGUCGUUUACGAGCACUGAGUUUAAUUCAGAUUAGAAACAUUUGGACAUGCGCAGAGUUGUCUAAGUGCCCUUACACAACCACAGAAGAAGAAAAGUUGUAUUGACGCAUGUCUUGUCAACAAACCAACAAACGCAGUAGAGGCUCACUUCAUCCAAUUCAGGAUUUUUCCCUCUGUUAGAUGUCAUCACCAGAUGGCACCCUUACUUACUUAGUUGACUUUUCUGUCAAAGGUUGCACUGAGCGUACAGAUGUGACAUCAUUACGCUGUAUCUGCACCUGAUGCCGUAUCUUUAUGUGGCUGUCUCCAUGGAGACGGUGCAAACUGUCAAAUGUUCACCUGUGAUGUCGCCACCUGCAGGUGGAGAUGGUGUACAGUCUCCUGUCCAUGCUGGGGACUCAUGAUAAAGACGACAUGUCGCGGACGCUGCUUGCCAUGUCCAGCUCCCAGGACUCGUGCAUCGCCAUGCGUCAGUCCGGCUGUCUGCCUCUGCUCAUUCAGCUGCUGCACGGCAACGACAAGGAUUCCUUGUUGCUAGGUAACCUGGAAAUCACUAACACGAGUCCAAACAAAUGAAUGGAGUUAUUCCUGUGUAUAAAUGUGACUGUGGUCUGAUGUUACUGUCCUGUUGCCAAGGUAACUCCCGCGGCAGUAAAGAAGCGCGCGCUCGGGCAUCAGCAGCGCUGCACAACAUCGUUCACAGCCAGCCGGAUGAUAAGCGUGGGCGGAGAGAGAUCAGGGUGCUCCACCUGCUGGAGCAGGUGCGUCAUUACUGUGAGGCGUGCUGGAGCUGGCAGGAGAACCAUGAGCGGGGCGUCGACCAGGAGGACAACCCCAGUGAGUGAUGUUAUGCCAAACCACUUAAGAGCUAUGACUGUGUGUGUGUGUGUGUGUGUGUGUGUAUGUGUGUGUGUUGUUUGUAACCCAUGUCUGAUGUUGUGUGUUCAGUGCCUUCUCCCGUGGAACAUCAGAUUUGCCCCGCCGUCUGUGUCCUGAUGAAACUUUCCUUCGAUGAGGAACACCGCCACGCCAUGAACGAGCUGGGUAAGGCACGAGCGCACAGACUGUUAAUACUGAAGACUGGUUCCUAACACAGAGAGACCUUUAUCCAGACUGAACGACUGUUUAUCUCGGGGGUGCCCAGACUUUGUUGGCUACUGAGCUACUUCUGAAGCGACCAGCUGAAGACGGUCUCUCUGUCGACCCAAAAACCAGAGGCCUUCAUACCAACAUGUUCAAAAACAGCAGAAGUCGGCGUCCAUGUCGGUUCUUUACAGGAAAAAAGGUUGCUAACUGUCUGCUGCUGCUUGUCCCUCAUCAGUUUGAACAGUUGAGUCUUCUCCUAAAUGAGGAUUAAUCGGCACUUUCUUCCAAGUUCUGGUUCCUUUAUAGACCCAAAAUUAAGGCAUGCACAGAAAAUUCAGCCACCAAAAAUGUCCCAGAAGACUUUUAUCGCCGGAACAACAUGGCCGAAACAGAUGAUUGAUGAUGUAAACAAAAACUGAGACCAGCAGACGUGUCUGCAGUCUGGACGCAUUUUAAUAUAUCUGACAACCAUGGAAAGCAGUUAGCAUAGUGUGUAAUACGAACAUUUCAAGAGGGGGUGCAUCUGCAAAGAGUUGCUUCAUGUCUUCACGUGAUAGCUGGUCUCAAGCUGGGGGCCUGUGGAUGGUUAUCAGUCCUGGUGGAUCAGUAUUUGGACUUUCUAAUCUUCAUGUGGGAAAGGACUGACUCUCAUGAACUAGUCGAGUUCAGCCGAUGAUGCUGCACUUUGAUUUAGAGUGGGGAAACUUUGCCACUUUGAGGAAGUUUCACAAAUGUCAGCCUGCAGUGACGAGAUCUGAUCCUCCAGCUCAGAGUUCAUCUGAAACAGUCUAGGUACUUUAGAGUCCAGGGAGUCCUUGGAUUUAACGAUCAGUCCAGCAAAGUUCUGAAAGCGUGUGUCGAAGUUUGACUGGACAUCAUCAGUUUGUUCUCUGAGUCACGGCUGUCAAGCUGUCCGACUGACUGGUGCGUGUUACAUUUUGGGUUUGACAGACUGGCAGUUAAACGUGUCAGGUCAGUGGUUAGUACACUGACAGACUGUUUCCUCACAGUGACAGACUGUUUAUCAUCUCUUACAGGCUGAUUUGAUGACUGACAGACUGUUAAUCAUCUCUUACAGGCUGGUUUGAUGACUGACAGACUGUUUCAGGAUAGUUUUAGACUUUGUGGGACUGGUUUACUGGAUGUUUGAACUCUGUGGGUUUUUUCUCCUUGCAGGUGGUCUUCAGGCGGUGGCGGAGCUGCUGCAGGUGGACUGUGAGAUGUUUGGUCUCCGUAGCGAUCACUACAGCGUGACGCUGCGACGUUAUGCAGGCAUGGCGCUUACUAACCUUACCUUCGGAGAUGUAGCCAAUAAGGUGAGAGGAAACAAACACACCUUAUCCAUCGUUACUGUAUUGAUAUGUUGGGGACCAAUCAGAUCAGAGCAUUCUGUUUUUCCCAUCAGGCCACACUGUGCUCCAUGAAGGGCUGCAUGAGAGCCAUGGUUGCUCAGCUGAAGUCUGACAGUGAAGACCUGCAGCAGGUAAGCUCACCUGUGCUCACCUGCUCUGCGGUCUUUAUUAUAGAGAAUGGUAACCAAUCAGGACUUGUCUGGAUCUUUGGUCUUAGGUGAUAGCGAGUGUGCUCAGGAACUUGUCAUGGCGUGCAGAUGUCAACAGUAAAAAGACGCUUCGUGAGGUGGGCAGUGUGCGAGCGCUGAUGGGCUGUGCUCUUGAGGUCCAGAAGGUAACACAACACUCUCCUGCUCGUUAGUUUUCUUUUUCUUUUUUUUUUUAUUACAAGAAACGAGCUCUCCUCUCCCCGCUCAGGAGUCCACGCUGAAGUCCGUACUGAGCGCACUCUGGAAUCUGUCGGCUCACUGCACUGAGAACAAGGCUGAUAUCUGCGCUGUGGACGGAGCGCUAGCCUUCCUGGUGGGAACACUGACACACCGCAGCCACACCAACACACUCGCCAUUAUUGAGAGCGGUGGAGGAAUUCUGCGUAACGUGUCCAGCCUCAUCGCCACUAACGAGGCACACAGGUAAACACCUGAACACGAACACCUCACAGGUAAACACCUGAACACAAACGCUGUAUCACCUCUUUUCCCUGUGUGUUGUCUUGCAGGCAGAUCCUGCGUGAACAUGGCUGCCUGCCGACUCUGCUGCAGCACCUGAAGUCUCACAGUUUGACGAUCGUCUCAAACGCCUGUGGGACACUAUGGAAUCUGUCCGCCAGGGACGCCAAAGACCAAGAGGCCCUUUGGGAACUUGGUGCAGUGGGGAUGCUGCGCAACCUUAUUCACUCUCGGCACAAGAUGAUUGCCAUGGGCAGCGCCGCUGCCCUGCGCAACCUGAUGGCUAACCGGCCCGCCCGCUACAAAGAUGCCAGUGUGUUGUCCCCUGGUGCUGGCGCCCCCUCACUGCAUGCUCGCAAACAGAAGGCUCUGUUUGAGGAGUUGGACGCCCAGCAGCUGUCAGAAACGUUUGACAACAUAGACAAUCUGAGCCCUAAGGCCGCUCACAGGAAGGGGCGGGGCUGUAGUAGUGCUGGAGGAGCAGGAAGCACAACACGCUCAUAUGCAAACACACCAGUGCUCUCCAGCCCCAAGAAUGGAGAUGGAUCCAAGAGGGCGAGCGAGGAUACGACGUAUGUCCGGCCAGUCUUCCCUCCCAGCGUUCGAGCCUCCAGCGAUAGCCUCAACAGCGUGACGAGCGCUGACGGCUACGGGAACCGAGGCAAGACCAAACCCUCAUCAGACCCUUUCUUAUCGGAUGAGAGUGGGGCCAACAAAUGCUGCGUCUACAGGAAGUACCCAGCUGACCUGGCUCACAAGAUCCGCAGUGCCAACCACAUGGCGGAUGAUGAUGGGGCAGAGCUGGACACACCCAUCAACUACAGCCUUAAAUACUCAGAUGAACAGCUGAACUCUGGACGACAGAGCCCCAGUCACCGCAGCGUAAUCGAAAGCGACGAAGAUGUCCAGCAGGAGGCCCGGCUAAGAAGGAGGAAUGAUGGAGGAGAGUCGUCAACCAGUGGUCACAUGGCACCUGUUCCAUCAUGCUUUGUUUCAUCCACAGCAGCGCCAAACUACAGCGGUGACACCACAGGAGAACAGCCAAUCGAUUAUAGCCUAAAGUACGGAGCUGACGCCCCUCGCAAACCACUGUUCAAGCCUGAAACCACUACUGCCCCGGCAGUGCCCUCUCCCCAGCCAUCAUCUGCCAACAAGCUCCGCCCCCCUCCAUCCCAAACCAAUCGUACAGCAUCAAAAAGCAACCAGGAGUCCACUCAAACGUACUGUGUGGAGGACACACCCAUCUGCUUCUCUAGAGGAAGCUCUCUGUCCUCGCUGUCUUCAGAAGAGGAGGAAGAAGAUGGUGAUGUCGUGGGAAGGAAGAGGAGAGGCGGGAGCGUCAUCAGUGGUGGUGGUGGAGGUAACGACUACCCGACACUUCCUGUCAGUGAGAAAGAUGCUCAUGAGCAGCAGCAGAGGCAGCAGAAAGAGGCAGAGAGCCAAACGGCCGCCACGGCUCCUACCACACGAGGAAGAAGAGGUCACCAUCAUCAUCAUGGCCACCAUCACCACCACCAUCACCACGUGACAUCAUCAGGUGCCAGGACCCCUAAGAGCCCCCCGGAGCUCCCAUAUGCCCAGGAGACACCGCUGAUGUUCAGUCGCUGCACAUCCGUCAGCUCUCUUGACAGUUUCUCUACCUCCUCCAUCGCCAGCUCGGUGCGUUCCAGCGAGCCGUGCAGUGGAAUGCCAAGUGGAGUGGUCAGCCCUAGUGACCUGCCUGACAGCCCGGGACAGACCAUGCCACCAAGCCGUGCCAAGACGCCACCAUUACCGCCAGCGAUCCAGAAAAAGAAGGAGGAGGAGAACGUGAAAACGAAGGAGGUGGAGGAGGAGAGCAGCCCAGACGUUCUGCUGCACUUUGCCACAGAGAGCACGCCACACGGCUUUUCCCGAGCCUCCAGUCUGAGCGCGCUCAGUCUCGAUGAGCCGUACAUCUCAGCAGAAAUGAAGAAGAAGGAGGAGCAGGAGGGAGGGAACGGGGAGAUAAAAGAGGAAGUGACACAACCCAUCCUUGAUGAAUCAGACGACGAUGACGAUAUUGAGAUCCUUGAGGCGUGCAUCAACAUGGCGAUGCCUAAAUCGUCACGGAAACCAAAGAAACAGCAGCAGGCAGCGCAACGCAAACCCAGCCAGCUCCCUGUUUACAAGCUCCUCCCCCCUCAGAACCGAGCCCAGUCACAGCAGAGGAAGGAACCCCCACCACCACCGCCACCAGAGGAAGUGCCGAGGGUUUACUGUGUGGAAGGAACACCGCUGAACUUCUCAACCGCCACAUCCCUCAGUGACCUUACUAUUGAUUCUCCACCCAAUGAGAUGGUGGCAGCAGCUAGCAAUCCUGUAGCCCCGCCCACCUCCGCCCAAAGGAGACAGGCGGGACUUCCUGAGGGUGAGAAUGGUGAUGACAUCCUUGCAGAGUGCAUCAGUGCCGCCAUGCCAAAAGCCAAACCCAGGAAACCAAUCAGAACAACAUCCAACACUGAAACCCUCCAAACCCCGCCCCUUCCACCCCCUCUGCCUCCUCUGGCUCCACCUACUCAGCAGCAGAAGAAAAAGCCAACAUCCCCGGUGAAGCCAAUGCCUCAGCGGGCAGCUUACAGUGUUGCCUCAGCAGCGGUUACCAAAGCAAAGCCAGGGUUCGCCUUUGACUCACCACGACACUACACGCCCAUAGAGGGAACGCCAUGCUGCUUCUCUCGUAAUGACUCGCUAAGCUCCCUUGAUUUUGACGAAGACGAGGGUGGUGAGAAGGAUGACGAGGAAAAGAAAACAAAUGAAGAAGAAGGUCGGAAAAGAAAGCAGCAGACAGCAGCUGUUGUCCCAAGGACCAAACCCGCAGCAAACGGGACGGCGUCCGAUGAGAAGCAGAAGUUUGCUAUUGAGGACACGCCAGUCUGCUUCUCUAGGAACUCAUCUUUAAGCUCGCUGAGUGACAUCGACCAGGAGAACAACAACAAGGAGUUUGCUUCUCCAGCUCCACCGCCACUACCUGAGAGGCAAGAUGGAGGCAAAACUACUACUGAGUCCCCCUCCACACAAGCAGAUCCAAAGUCCCGCCCCUCUGCUGCCACCUGCUACGCCCCUAAAGCGUUUCAUGUGGAAGACACACCAGUCUGCUUUUCCAGAAACUCGUCUCUGAGCUCGCUCAGCAUCGACUCCGAGGACGACCUCCUGCAGGAGUGCAUCAGCUCUGCCAUGCCCAAGAAAAAGAAGAAAGUUUCUGCUGCCACAGCCGUUCCCAUGGCAACUACAGCUCUGCCUCCUGACCCCAAACCUGAAGACAGCAUCAUGGCAGAAGAGGAACCAUCAGAGGUGCCCAGGAGCCCUGCCUCCCCUGACUCAGAGUCUUUUGACUGGAAAGCAAUCCAAGAAGGCGCAAACUCCAUCGUCAGCAGCCUGAAUGCUGCUGCCGCCUCGUCACUUUCUCGCCAGCCAUCUUCCGACUCCGACUCAGUGCUGUCCCUGAAGUCUGUGGGCUCACCGUUCCGCCUGCCGGCAGUCAGUACGAACGCAGAGGAGGAGGAAGAGGGGGAAGGGAAGGAGACGAAGCGAGGAGCGAGGAUCCUCAGGGGUGGAGAACGCACAACACUGGAGGCCAAAAAGAAGAAGGAGGAGGAAGAAGAGGAGGAGGAGGCGAAGGCGUUGAGAGGCGGGAAGAAGGUAUACAGGAGUCUGAUCACAGGUAAACCAAGGGCGGAGCCAGUAGCAAGGGGGCGGAGCAAACCCAGGGCUGCUGCUCUGGCAAAAGCUCCAGGAGGAUCUGAUGGUGCUGACAGAGGGGGUGGGUCCUCCCGGGACUCCACCCCUUCUCGCCCCUCUACAGCAGCCAAUCAUAAAGGUGGAAAGCUGUCUCAGCUGCCUCGCACUGCGUCCCCGGGAAGCGUAUCAUCGUCGUCCACGGCCUCCAGAACGGUCAAACAGAGCGGAGUGGUGAGGAGUGCCGGCAUCCCACGGAGUGAGUCUGCAUCCCGGGUUGGCAGCUCUACAGCUGCCAAGAAACAAAAGGCGGAGCCAGAGAAGCCGGUGCUGGUCCGUCAAUCGACUUUCAUCAAAGAAGCUCCAAGCCCAACACUGAAGAGGAAGCUGGAGGAGUCUGCAGCGGCAGCCGUGGUGACCGCACCCUUAGAAUCUCCAUCCAGCCCAGAGUCACUGCUACCACCAACAACUAGGAGACAUGACGUUAACCGCUCACACUCUGAGAGCCCAUCACGCCCACAGGAAGUGACUUCAUCAAGAUUCAGCCGUACAGGCACAUGGAAACGUGAAAAUGGUGGCAGUAGCACAGGAGGAAGUGGGGGAAAACAUUCAACAUCUCUGCCACGGGUUGGCACAUGGAAGCGGACAGGAAGUUCCUCCUCAGUACUCUCAGCAUCCUCAGAGUCCAGUGAAAAGGGGCGAAGUGAGGAGGACUGCGCUGCCAGGUCAAAGGGGACCUGGAGGAAGACCAAGAGUGGCAGCAAUGAUGCUUCAGGGGGGCGGAGUUUCACUGACAAAGCAGAAGAUGUUUGGGUUCGUCUGGAGGACUGCCCUGUCAACAAUCCCAGGUCCGCCUCUUCCUGUUCAGCACGCUCUCCCACCACCGCCAACGCUCCACCGGUUAUUGACAGUCCCACCUUCUCCAAGAUCCCCUCCUCCUCCUCCUCCUCAUCCUCAAACCUCAACCUUCGCCAGAGCUGUGAGAGCCUGGACGACAAACCGCUACCUGAGCGCCAUCAGCCGCAGCAGCAACAGAGUCAUCAACAACAGCAGCCGCAGCAACGCGCUCAGCAGCGCAGUGGCGCUGUGGCGGCCAGGGUCAGCCCUUUCAACUACACCCCAAGCCCAAGGAAGAGCAACACUGACACCACCACAGCCACAGCUACAUCCACAGCCACUACAACCUCAUCCACCACCCCCACCCGCCCAUCACUCAUCCCCACACCUAUCACCAAGAAACGUGAGCCCAAGGGCGGGGAGGGCGGUGGCAGCAGCAGCAGUGGUGGCGGCGGUGGAGGUAGCAGUGAGCGUGGCUCAUAUAUUGUGACAUCAGUAUAA